AUGUUUAUAUUCUCUGUCUUUACUUCUUUAUUGAUUUAUUUUGCUGGUGUUUAUGUUUUUUCUUCUAAACGUAAGCAUUUAUUAAUGGUUCUUUUGAGAUUAGAAUAUAUUGUUCUUUCUUUAUUUAUGUUGGUUAUUGUUUUUCUUAUUGAGUUUGAUUAUGAUUAUUUUUUUCCUGUUAUUUUUUUGGUUUUUUCUGUUUGUGAAGGUGCUUUAGGUCUUUCUAUUUUAGUUUCAAUAAUUCGUUCUCAUGGUAAUGAUUUUUUUAAUUCUUUUGGGUUAUCUUUAUGUUAA